AUGACCCUGAAGCUGACCCUGAAUGCCCUGAGGAAAGGCGGCAAGGCUAAGGUUGGCAAGGCCAAGACCACCAAGAAGGUAUCCAAACAUAAUGCCAAGGCAGCGAAGCAUCGGGUGGAAAAGCUCAGCGCCGACAUAACCGAUGUCGAUGAGAUCCACCAGCUUUUAGGGGAAGCGUUACGCCAGAAGGAGCCGCCCCGGCUGACGGCUCUCAAUAUCAAGGAGCUUAAAGAGGACUACGAAAAGGAUGUUGCCACUAAGGAGAAGAAUAAGGCCGCUGCCAAGGAUCUCGAGGACCAGUUGGAGCUCAUCACCAAAAUGGGAUUCUGA